UUAAGUCGCUGAACUUGUUUGCUGUGUGAAACUCAAAACCAGCCUGAAAGGGGAAAGAGGGAGGAGGCAAAAGUGUAAAAAGCAUGAAGCAACACGGGCUGCACAUUAAAUUACACUUUGUGGCUUGGUGGUGUGUUUGCUGACAAGGGAGACAAAACCCCGCAGUGAACAGAAGAAGCAGUAAGUAAAGACUAUAUAUGAGUGGAAGCAACCCAAACAGCACCAAUGCGGGUUCAGUGGAUGGUGACCAUUUUAUGCACCUUGUUGUCAAUGGGACUGGUGGUGAUUAUUGUAGGCCAACACCAAGUGACGUUAAUGCUGGACAAGGCAAAUCAAAAGCUCCCAAAGGAGUCACAGAAACUUGACGAUAAACUUUCAGAUUUAAGAAAGCUAAAAGCCUCUGUGGAAAAGCUGCUGUCCGCUGAGAACAAAGCGGUGAAGAAUCUGGAGGAAUCAAUACCUAAACUCAUUCCCGAGAUAGAAAAAAAGAGAAUAGAAAAUGACGCCUGUCAAGGAGAAAAGAAAACAAAAGGGGAUGAACUGGCUGCCGUGGAGAAGGAACACACAGAGACUCUCGCAAAUUUAAAACAAGAGUCUGACGCCUGGAACCAAGAGAUAAAUGAUCUGAAACCACAAGUGACGGGUUACAGAGAAAUCUGUAAUCAUGUGAAGAAGGGCACACUAGCUGAGAAAUUAUGUAGCACCAGCUAACUCCUCACCUGAAGAUAAAGGAGUAACGUCUCAGCUCUCCACAAUGCCACUAGUAACAUUUGUUCCAAGUGUCUAAGAUUGGUGUGGAUUUUUUACACAUGUCAUUCCUGUUACUGAUGUAUGAAAUUAACAUUUUUUGAGC